AUGGAAUGUAAUGUCUUGAUAUUAGGUGCUGGUGGGUUGGGCUGUGAAAUACUGAAAAAUUUGGUCAUGCUAAAUGUUUCUCACAUUCACAUCAUCGAUAUGGAUACCAUCGAAUUGACAAAUUUAAACAGACAAUUCUUAUUUAAUGAUAAUGAUAUUGGGAAGCCAAAAUCUUUAGUCGCAUCGGAGUAUAUUGAGAGAGAAUUCAAUGUGCCUGUGCAACAUUUUGUGGGGGAUCUAACUCACUUAGACGAAGAGUUCUAUAAGCAGUUCGAUUUCAUCAUAUCUGGAUUAGAUUCUAUCCAACCUCGUAGGUUCAUUAAUGAAAUGAUUAUAAGAAUAGCGAAGGCUACAAGUUUUCAAAAAUGUAUAACUCUCAUUGACGGUGGAAUGGAAGGUUUGAAAGGGCAUAUCAAGACGAUAAUACCGGGGAUUACUGCAUGCUGGGAAUGUUCAUUGUCAACACUGCCGAAUAAGGACGCAUCACAGGACAUGGUACCGAUGUGUACUAUUGUUAACAAUCCAAGAAAUCUUCAGCACGUUAUAGAGUAUGUCAUUAAUGUAAUGGUACCUGUAGACAAAUUGAACCUAGAUGAUUCAAGGGACACGAAACUUCUCUUCGACGAAUGCAUGAAAAGAGCUCAAAAUUUCAGCAUAGAUACCACUGAAUUAACUGUCAGUUAUAUGCUUGGAAUAAUCAAGAGGAUUAUACCCAGUGUUAGCACAAUGAAUGCCAUGGUAGCUGCUGGUUGUUGCAAUGAGCUAGUCAAGAUAUAUCAUGAUCUAAUAGUCAUCGAUGAAAAAACCGGCUCUUUAAAAUCGAAUAAUUUUACAGUCAUCAACGGCUCGAGUGGAUGUUACAGUUAUAGCUUCCAGUUUGAAAGAUUACCAGAUUGUACCGUGUGUUCAGAUCUUUGA